AUGCCUUAUAAAAAAAAAUCUGUCCCAGAACAUCCUAAAACGAGGGCUACUAGAUCUAAACUUAAUUCUAAAACUGGUGAAAACUCUUCAACUACGUCUACAACAGGUUCGAAAUUUAGCACGAUCAUUGAAGACGCUGAUUUAGAGAACACAACUAUCAAAGAUAUCGAUUCAGAAGAAGUGUUUAAGCCAAAAAUCAUAAGCCCAGAAAAAAGAACAGCAAAAAAGAAUCUACGUGAAAUUGACGAUCUUAACGAUGAUAUUUCAAAUACGGGUUCUUUUGAUUCUUUGAUCUCGCCAAAUAAAUAUGUAAAGCUGAAUGAUGGAAAAAAAUCCACUAAAGAACAUGAUCAGGAAUUACCUUUACGUAAAACCUCUAUAUUUCAAGUAAAGCCAUUAUUCGCCAAUGUUUAUGAAUUGGAAUCGAUUGAUAAUACCAAUAAUAUUACAACACGAUCGGUCUCUUCUACGGAUGAACAAAACACAGCAUCUAUGGCACACACUGCACCACGAUCGGUCUCUUCUACAGAUGAACAAAACAUGGCAUCUACAAUAUCUAUCGAUUGCAUCGAUUUUAAUAAUUUAGCACCAAUGUUUACUGCAUUUGUUCAAGCGAUAAAAUCAGGCACAUUUUUACCAAAUACGGGAUAUACAUUAUAUAUGCAUUUUGUUUCAAAUAUUAAGACUCGACUUACAUCCUUAUUCAUUAAUGAAUCAAAAGUUCUUUUUCUCCGUAUUCGUAAGCCAACACCGGAACUGAUCUUAGCACUAGCUAGGGAAUGUGUAAGACAUCUUGAAAUUGCUGAUAUUAACGCUAGUGAUACAAAGAAGAAAGAUGGUUAUAGUGUAUCCUUGGACAAUCUUCCAAAUUUGUCUCACCUUCGAAAUUUUAUGAGUACAGAUGAUAUCACCAAUAUUUUUGAGCCACAAUUAAAGCAAGUUAAAAGGGAUCAUUUUCUCAAAAACAAAUCGUCUUGGAAUUCUCUAAAAGAAUAUAUUGUUGAAGUCAUAUUAAACAUGAUCUGUUUCUUUGUGCGUAAAAAUGUUGACCAUGUGAUUUACAAUAAUGCUACGAAGGUCUAA